AUGAAGCCUAUAAUCGCCAUUCCUGCGAUUGCUGCACUGGUGUACCGGGCGUACUCGCGCAAGUCCCUGACUCCGGUUGGCAUUGCCGCGGCGUUUGGGACGGCCGUGGUGCACGCCUUGCAUCCGUGGAGCGUGUGCUUUGCACUGCUAGCAGUCUUCUUCUUGGCCGGGACUGCCGUCAAACAUGACGUCAAAGCGAAGCUCACCCAGUCUGCGACAGGCGCUUCUGGGGGAGAAGGGGCACGCAACCAUGUCCAAGUGUUUGCCAACUCCGGCAUAGCUUCGGUGCUAAUUCUGAUACACCUCUGGCAACUGAAGAACGAGGGACGAUACGAAGAUGAGAAUCUUUGUUGGAGUGGACGAAACGACGUGGUGGUGAUAGGCAUCGUUGCCAAUUAUGCCGCAGUCGCUGCAGACACCUUUUCGUCCGAACUUGGGAUCCUGUCGAAAUCCAAGCCACGCCUUAUCACUGCUCCGUGGCGCGUGGUUCCGCCUGGUACAAACGGAGGCGUGACAGCCACAGGUCUCGGUGCAGGACUACUUGGCGCGUUUAUACUCUCACUUACUUCGACACUGCUGUUGCCGUUUUGUCAGGACUGGACCUUUGCUGACAAGGCUACCUAUACCCUUGCGCUGACAGCAGCUGGCUUCAGCGGAACACUUCUCGACUCUCUUCUCGGUGCGCUCCUCCAGGCCAGCGUGGUUGAUGUUCAUUCAGGCAAGAUUGUAGAAGGCGAGGGAGGCAGGAAAGUCAUUGUCCACAGCAGCCAUGCACUCCACCUUUCCAAGGCUGGCCAGAACGCAACUGGCACGACUAGCGGUGCAGACGUUGCAGCAUCAGUCAAGGGCUCGGAGAUGAUGUUGAAGGCCGGAGCAAGCGGAACCGCGGUGGCAGACAAGCAGCACGAGAGCAGGAAGGUUGAGGUGGGCAGUGAUUUGCUGGACAACAAUGCCGUCAACAUACUGAUGGCGGGCCUGUCUCUCCGCUUCGUCCCCAGCAAGGCGCACCCUGCGCAGACUAGUCUUGAAACCUCUGCGCCUUCGGCCCCCGGUGUUCACGACACCCUACGGUCUCGCCUUGGCCAAACAUGCGCAGCACCCACGGCUGCAUCGUCGUCGACAGCGCCGGUCGCCCUGCAGUCUGCUCACCCGCUCGAAGCCCGCCUGGUGCAGUGGCGCGACACGCAGGAUCGCUUGAAGAUGGAGAUGCUGAGGCGGCAGUUUGGCAUCGCCGAGCCGGUGCGCAGGGGCAUGGAGCUGAAGAUUGCUGAGGCGGGCGAGUGGAGGCCAUUGGCGCUGGGUGGAAGCAGCGGUGUGCACAAGGACAUUCUACAGGGACGGGACUGCGAGAUUGGGUGGGAAGAUGUGUUCACGGGCAACGAGCUGCGCCAGGUGCCCGACUUCCACACGGAGAUGGAGCACAAGAUGAAGAUGAACUGGUAG